UGCCGGGGGCGCCCGAGUUGCCGGAGCCGUCCGCCCUCCGCCGCCUGCCGGCCGACCUGCCCACCCGCCCUCCUUCCCUGUCCUGCAGCUCUGGGAGCUCCCCGACCGUCGCUGCAGUCCCGGGACUCGCGCUCUCCUCCUUCCUUACCAGUGGGCUAGGGCGGCGGCGGCGGCAGCAGCGGGGGCGGCAGAGACCAUCACGGGAGGAGGCAGCUGCGGCGGGGCCGAAUCCUAAUGCACCUGGCUAGCUGGUGGUGAGCAGGGGCUUUGGGGCCGACGUGGUGGGCUCCCGAAGGAAACCCCUUUGAAACCAAUGGAUGCAUUCACGGGCUCGGGUCUCAAGAGGAAGUUUGAUGAUGUGGAUGUGGGCUCAUCAGUGUCCAACUCUGAUGAUGAGAUCUCCAGCAGUGACAGUGCCGACAGCUGCGACAGCCUCAAUCCUCCUACAACGGCCAGCUUCACACCCACGUCUAUCCUGAAGCGGCAGAAGCAGCUGCGGAGGAAGAAUGUACGCUUCGACCAGGUGACUGUGUACUACUUUGCCCGGCGCCAGGGUUUUACCAGCGUGCCCAGCCAGGGUGGUAGCUCUCUGGGCAUGGCGCAGCGUCAUAACUCUGUACGCAGCUACACGCUCUGCGAGUUUGCGCAAGAGCAGGAGGUGAACCAUCGGGAGAUUCUUCGUGAGCACCUGAAGGAGGAGAAACUCCACGCCAAGAAGAUGAAGCUGACCAAGAAUGGGACAGUGGAGUCGGUGGAGGCCGAUGGCCUGACACUGGAUGAUGUUUCCGACGAAGAUAUUGAUGUGGAAAAUGUGGAGGUAGAUGAUUACUUCUUCCUGCAGCCCCUGCCCACCAAACGGAGACGGGCCCUGUUGAGGGCCUCUGGGGUCCACCGCAUAGAUGCUGAAGAGAAGCAAGAACUUCGGGCCAUCCGCCUGUCACGGGAAGAGUGUGGUUGUGACUGUCGACUAUACUGUGACCCAGAAGCGUGUGCUUGUAGCCAAGCUGGGAUUAAAUGCCAGGUGGAUCGCAUGUCCUUUCCAUGUGGCUGCUCCCGGGAUGGCUGUGGGAACAUGGCGGGGCGCAUUGAAUUUAAUCCAAUCCGGGUGCGGACACAUUACCUCCACACCAUCAUGAAGCUGGAGCUGGAGAGCAAGCGGCAGGUGAGCCGCCCACCUGCCCCAGAUGAGGAGCCCUCACCCACCGCCAGCUGCAGCCUGCCUGGGGCACAGGGAUCUGAGACACAGGACUUCCAGGAGUUCAUUGCUGAGAACGAGACGGCCGUGAUGCACCUACAGAGUGCAGAGGAGCUGGAGCGGCUCAAGGCAGAGGAAGACUCCAGCGGCUCUAGUGCCAGCCUGGACUCCAGCAUCGAGAGCCUGGGUGUGUGUAUCCUGGAGGAGCCCCUGGCUGUCCCCGAAGAGCUGUGCCCAGGCCUGACAGCCCCCAUUCUCAUCCAGGCUCAGCUCACCCCAGGCUCCUCUGUCCUGUGUUUCGCCGAGAACUCGGACCACCCAACUGCUUCAGCAGUGACCAGCCCAUCCUAUUUGAACAGUGGGCCCCUGGUCUAUUACCAGGUGGAGCAGAGGCCAGUCCUGGGGGUGAAAGGAGAGCCUGGUACAGGAGAAGUGCCCCCCUCUUUCCCCAAGGAGAAGGAUCUCAGUGUCUUCUCUCUCCCAGUUACCUCACUGGUGGCUUGCAGCCCCACAGACCCAGCUGCCCUCUGUAAACCAGAAGUAGGGAAAACAUCCACUCUAGAAGCACUAGUACCCGAAGAUUGUAACCCCGAGGAGCCGGAGAACGAAGACUUCCGCCCCUCGUGGUCCCCCUCGAACCUCCCCUUCAGCACGGACAGCGAAGAAGGCUGUGCGGCGGAGAAGACCUCACAGCAGGGCGAGGACCGGCCCCCCGAAGACCCUUCUCUGGAACUCCCGCUGGCAGUGUGACACGGAUGGAGAUUCUGCCUCUUACCCCUUCUCUAUUUAUUCCCUUAUUUUAUCUAACAGCGUUUCAGAACAAAACUGUAGAAGCAGCUGCUGCUCCUAUGUUAUUUUAUUGGGGUCUUUGGGGAAUGGGUGGGAAAGGAUUGUUUGUACAAGUAUUUUUAAAAGCGUUAACAGAACUAAGGAGACCAGCCCCAGCUUGAUCUGGGGAUAGUCUUGGGGCAGAGGCGGCCGCAUAGUGCCCGAUACUGAGCUUUCUGGGCCAUUGGAACAAAGAACUAGGAUCUCAGAGGAGAAACUAUGUAAUUCAAGCAGCUAUUCUUUAUGUAGGGAUCAGAAUACAUAAAUUGAACAGCAUGGCAAAGCCCCUUCUCUCCUGAACUCCAGGAGGGGUGCAAGCUCAUUUUUCUUGGUGGUUACUCCAAUAUGCCAUUUUGGUGUAUCAUAACACAGCUGGUAAUGUCACCUGGAGAGGAGAGGGUAGAAGGGUCUCUGCUUCUGUACAAAACCUCUAGGAUUUAUAAAAAUGUAACCUGCCCUUCCUGGUCCCCCAUUUGGUAAAUAAGUUAAUAUUUGACAUGUUUGGUGUUCUCUGACUUGUUCCCCACACUGGGGAUUCCUGGUUUGUAACUUGAAUUGUUUCUUUUUCAUGUUCUUAGGUACUAGAACUUAACUUGUCUGUCUGUCUCCCCCUUCCACACCAUCCCACCCCCAGCUGGGGAUGUGGCUUAAAGAGCCUGAGUCUUCUGUGCGGGUCUAGCACUAGCUGUCAGGCCGCUCACAUGUCCCAUGGGAGGCCUAUGUGGAGCGUUGUGUAUCCAAAGGAGGCAGCAGGAGCGGGCUGCUGUCUGAAAAGAUGACGACUCCUUUGUGCCAGGCUUGCUUUCACCCAGGCCCUCCCCCGCCCCCUGGGGAGAUUGGAGCUUUAAAGGAUAUAGGAUGUCGCAGUCUAAGGUCACCAGCCAGUUUUUUGGUUUGGUUUUUAUUUUCCCCGUCUCUACCCUGGUGGUCCUCCUCGGAGAUGCAGUGUUGGAGAUUUAUACUAUUCCAGUUCACCCCCAAGAACUGCAAAUAUUUAUCAGACCUCUCCGUCUUGGUAUAUAAAAAUUGGAAGCCAAAUCAAUUCUUAAAAUGCUAUAUACAACUUCCACGGUCCAAAGAAUUUAAGUUCUGAUGAUAACCUUUGAGGUCUAUAGAGUUGGACUCAAAUUCAGUUCUUGCUUCUAUCUGGGAAUAGGGUUCCUAUUCCUCUCCUGUCCAGCUUAUGUUCCUGGGUGUGCGCCAUUGAAUUCAUUAGCAAGGUUAUCUUUGUUUUAAAAUAAGAGGCAGUAGGGAACAAAACACUCUUCUCUAGCAUCCUUUACAACAUGCUUUGCUUCUGUUGUGGUUUACUAACCAGGAUAGAACAAAGUAAAAGCCUGGUGGGGGAGAGAACUGUUCCUCUUAUCUUGCUCACAAAGCCUUUUCUUGUGAGAUACUGAGACCCUGGUGUCUUAAAGCACCCUUCCUGUAUGUCACAGCAGCACUUCACCCAUAAAACCGCUAAACUGAGCCUGAAAGGCCUGGUACUUAACACACGCACAUCUUCUGACCCAUUCUGCCUCACCCGUUCGGGGAGGAGAGUUCUUAAUGAAGUGCAUAGGGCCUUAACACUCCCCAUCCUCUAGCCUCACAGGACCAGAGUUGAGAGUCUUAGGUACCUGAGAUCUAGAUGCUAUCCCAAACCUAUCUGCA